CGGGAGCGCGCGCUGGCGUCGGGAACGCGCGGAGUUCGCAUGACUCUGUUGUGCGGGGAUUGAGCCGAACACCGGAGCGCUUCACACACAGAGGUGUUGAUGUGUGCUGGACGCUGUCCACUGGAACGAGUCCAUGCUGACGCUCGGCUGGUGUCUCCCAGUUUUGUGGUAACAGUGUGGUUGUCAUGGUAACCAUGCUGCCUGCGAUGUCCAUUUAUUUUCCUGGACCUUUCAUCGUCCUACUCUCUCUCUCCCUGUAUCCACUCCUUACAUCCCAGAAUUCCCUGCGUUCUGACCCCGACCCUAUUACUUUUCAUGCUCAACAGUGCAGCAUAAAACUGCAUCCUGUUACAUCCUAUGAAGCUCUCAGUGUGUGGUUCUCAUCCUUCUCUAUGCCCGGAGUGAGUGAUUACUCCCAGCUCACUUUAGACCUCAGCAGGAACCAGCUGAUCGUUGGAGCAAGGAACUACCUGUUCAGACUGAGUUUGGCUAAUGUUUCUCUACUUCAGGGCAUGGAGUUCGGAGUGGACGAAGACACACGCAGAUCUUGUCGGAGCAAAGGAAAAACAGAGGAUGAGUGUCAGAACUACAUGCGAGUGCUCCUGCUGAGCGGUUCUCGUCUCUUCUCCUGCGGCACUAACGCCUUCUCGCCCGUCUGCACCGUCCGCUCUGCUGCUGAUCUCGCCCACGUGAUUGAGACGGUGAACGGAGUCGCCCGCUGUCCUUACGACCCCAAACACAACUCCACCGCCAUGGUAACCGAAAGCGGUGACCUCUAUGCUGCCACAGUCAUUGAUUUUUCUGGCCGUGACCCUGUGAUCUACCGCAGCCUUGGGAGCAUGCCUCCUCUCCGCACAGCUCAGUACAACUCCAAAUGGCUGAAUGAGCCUCAGUUUGUCUCAGCGUACGAGGUAGGUCGCUUCACCUACUUCUUCCUGAGGGAAGUGGCGGUGGAGGAGGAUUGUGGGAAGGCGGUGUUCUCUCGGGUGGCGCGAGUGUGUCAGAACGAUGUAGGCGGCAGGUUCCUGCUUGAAGACACCUGGACGACGUUUAUGAAGGCCAGAUUGAACUGCUCGCGCUCAGGAGAUGUGCCUUUCUAUUACCACGAGCUCCACAGCACCUUUUACCUUCCUGAGCAAGACCUUAUCUACGGCAUCUUCACAACCAACAUUAACAGCAUUGCUGCUUCUGCAGUGUGUGCCUUCAACCUCAGUGCCAUCACCCAGGCCUUCAGUGGUCCAUUCCGCUACCAGGAGAACCCUCGAAUGAGUUGGCUCUCCACCCCGAACCCCAUCCCUAACUUUCAGUGUGGGACAGUUGGUGAUAGCGGCCCUGGCGGGAAUCUAACAGAACGAAGCCUGCAGGAUGCUCAGAGACUCUUUUUGAUGAGUGAGGUUGUGCAGCCUGUAUCUGUUGACCCCUUGAUCAGCCAGGACAACAUCCGCUUUUCCAAACUUGUUGUGGACAUUGUGCAGGGCCGUGACACGCUCUACCACGUCAUUUACAUCGGGACAGAACAUGGCACCGUUAUCAAGGCGCUCUCCUCAUCCACUCAAAAUCUGCAUGGAUGUUAUCUUGAGGAGAUGAAACUUCUUCCAGCAGAUCAGCAGGAACCAAUCCUUAACCUGCAGAUCCUGCAGAGUGACAGGUCCCUAUUUGUGGGUUUUAACAGCAGAGUUCUGAAGAUCCCACUGGAGAGAUGCUCCAGCUAUGAAACCCAACGAGCUUGCUUAUAUGCGAGGGAUCCAUAUUGUGGUUGGGACAGAAAACAGAGACGCUGUACUACGAUUGAAGCCAGCUCUAACAUGAGCCAGUGGAGCCAGAACAUCACACAGUGUCCUGAGCAAAAUCUUACCCGAGAUGGUGGGUUCAGCCCGUGGUCGUCGUGGCGAUCAUGUACCCAUGAUGAUGGAGGUGAAACUUCAAGCACCUGUCUGUGUCGCUCUCGUGCAUGUAAUAAACCGGUCCCUCUGUGUGGAGGUGCUGAGUGUGUGGGACCCACGAUUGAGGUGACCAACUGCUCAAGAAGUGGAGGUUGGACUCCCUGGUCCUCCUGGGCGCCGUGUAGCACCAGCUGUGGUGUCGGGUUUGAGGUUCGUCAGCGUUCAUGCAGUAACCCCACCCCUCGACAUGGAGGGAGAGUGUGUGUCGGCCAGACACGAGAGGAGCGGUUGUGUAACGAGGACUCUGUGUGUCCUGUGCCUGUGUCCUGGGCUCAGUGGACCUCCUGGUCUACAUGCACAGCAGUGUGUGGCGGCGGUUUCCAGUCCCGGGUCCGAACCUGUGAAAACGGAAACUCCUGCCCCGGGUGUCCACAGGAGUACAGAACAUGCAAUUUGGAGGCAUGUCCCGAGGUACGCCGAUACACACCCUGGUCUCCAUGGUACCCGGUGAAUGUGACAGUGGGUGGAGUCAGACAGGAGCAACGUGUGAGACACACUUGUCGAGCGCCGCUGGCAGACACACACCUUCUCCAGCUGGGCAAACGCAAGGCAGAAACGCGUCACUGCCCGCCUGCUGGUGAAGCGCCGGGGUGUGAGACUGACGAUCUGGUACAAGACAUAGUGAGUGUGGCACAGCCUUUGACCCCAGUGCAGGGGGUCACCUGGUUGCCAUGGGAAACAUGGUCAUCAUGUUCCAAAGAGUGCUCUAGAGGGUUUCGAACACGUAAGCGCUUGUGUGUCUCCCCUGAUGGCAAAAGUUCUGCAUUCCUGUGCAGUGGAACACCAGUGGAGUAUCAGGACUGUAACACACAGCCGUGCGCAGUAAAGGGGGCGUGGACCUGCUGGUCUUCCUGGUCUGAAUGUUCUACUUCCUGUGGAGGUGGACAUUAUCAACGCACUCGCACCUGCUCAAACCCUGCCCCAUCCCAUUCAGGGGAUAUCUGCAUCGGCCUGCACACUGAGGAGGCUCUGUGCAACCUGCACGAGUGUGAUGGUGGAUGGGGGGAAUGGUCAGAAUGGACAGAGUGUGAAGAUGGGCUUCAGUAUCGCACUAGAAUGUGUGAGAUAAGCUCCGCCCCCUGCAAAGGGAACCACACAGAUCAGAGACUGUGUCCUCCAAAAGAGAGUGCAGUUGGCUCACCAGGUGGGAAGAAAGGGUUAAACUGUGGAGGUUUCUCCCUGUUCCACCUGAUCCUGACGGGUGCAGUCUCCUUUCUGGUAGCAUUGCUAGGAUCCAUUCUUGUUUACGUGUUCUUUCAGAAGGUCUACAAACCCAUCCAAGAGCCUGCAGUGAUCCAUCCCAACACCCCUAACCAUCUUCACAACAAACAUAACACCAGCACCCCAAAGAAUGAGAAAUAUACUCCAAUGGAGUUUAAGACGCUGAACAAGAACAAUUUGUUGCCAGAUGAGAGUUGUAACUUCUACCCUUCUCCUCCUCCUCCACCGCAGACAAACGUCUACACCACCACUUACUACGCUCCUCCACUGGGCAAAUACGACUUCCCGUCUUUAGACUCACCCUGCAGGAACUACAUGCACAGCUGAAGCCAGCCUCACCUCCUGAACCUUCUGUGUUAUCGCAGUGAUGCAGCGCUAGCCAUGAGUCGCUGGAGCAUGUGGAUGUUCACAAGAGCUCAGCAAAUUCUUGUUUGUAAAACUGGAAGGAAAAGAUAACAAGGAUAAAAAAAUGGGUGCUUUACCUUGUUUUUGGACAUUUAGGGCUCGUGUUGAUGAAUAAAGGUUGGUCCAGAACACACCAUUACAUGACCAAAAUAUGGAAACUUGUCCAAUUGCAACUGAACUAAGCCACUCUCGGGCAGGAUACACGUAUCUUUGAGUCUUCCACAGAGAUAAAAACCUUCUGAUGGAAAGUUCUGGUGUUCAGUUCAACGUUUUGCUCUCAGCCUGAUUGCAGGACUUGGGAUCUGGCAUGGUGUUCACACAAGACUGUGCUGAUUUAUUCCUGACUUUGUUCCCUGAGCACCAACAAUUGAUCCAUUGAUGCUUUGACUGUGCGAUCGCUUCACAUCGAAUACAUGAUUUUAUGAAGAUGCAGUGAUGAUAAAAAGCCGUACACUUUUUUUGUAAAGAAACUCACAGCUACUUCAUCCAAAACAUCACUGGGCUCUAAUGUAGCUUUUAGUGCUAAAGGGAGCCUCAGGAUAUAUGUAAGAUUCACGCUUUUCCCCCACAACAUACGUUUUACUGAAGGUACAAUGCAAAUUAGUGUGGAACACAUAAACACACACACACCAAAAAAUUAUGGUACAUUAUGUGUGUAUAAAAAUGAGUGAGUCUGUAGGGGUGUCUGUAUGAUUAUUAUUCCUGUGUGUAGACUUUCAUUAAAUUAUUGUAUAUACACAGUAGGAGUCCAGAGACCAAAUUAAAUGACAUCAAAUGUGUUACAGUAAAGCAAGUGUGUUAUUACAAUGUAGCUAAGUACACUGUAAUAAAUAUAUUAAUUAGGGGUUUAUUGAUACCAGCACUGAUACCAUACUCACAAAAAAAGUGUUCUGGUACCUAAAUCUUACUCCACAUGAUAUUAUGUGACGUAAGGCAAGUGUACGUUGUGCUAAUAAACAGAUUACUCAAAAUAGCAGCGAUUUGGUCCAGACUGCAAAGUGUGGCUCUGUGAAAAUAUUAAUAACAAUGCAGCGUCUUCCUCCAAAAAAAGUAAAACAUCCUACACAUAAAACUCAGCACAAGAGAUUCAUCACUAGCAUUUCAUGCUAGCUAGUUGUGAAAAAAUAUCUACCGAGCUGAAAAUAACAGCUCUUUCCCAGCAUGUUGGUCAUGACAAUCAGCUGAUCUCGAUUUUGAUGCAAUGAAAACAACGUUCAGCUGUAAGCAAGCGCUUCGCUGAAGCAAAACAAAUCCCGCUCUUCUCCGCUGCAAAGUUACUAAUGUAGCUAGCUAAUGCAUCUCAUAUAUAAACAACAAUCUAAUAAUAUAAAGAAGUGCAUGAAUACAUGGGCCAAUAUUUCUACUAAGGAAAGAUAAACAGAACUAAAUAUAAUGUUCUAAAUAUAAUGUUCCCUGACUAGGCUAGUAUUAUUUUUCUGGUAUCAGUAUUGGUAUCUGUAUCCACAAGUGCCACCUAGCAUGUGCUGAGAUUCAGUCUGAGAAAAUGAAUUAGUUCAUUAUCACACAACGCCAAUUCCUCUCAGUUGUUUUUUUUUCUAUAUUCCACCCUCCUCACAGCUCUGAGACAAGCGAAGCCCAGAGCUUCACACAACGUUGUAUAAACCGAGGUGUGCAGAUGAUUUUAGUCGGAGGUGAGAGGCUAUGAAUUCCUCUAAUAACAUUUAAGAAAUAUUUCAGAUCAAAGUUAAAAUGUUUCCCUUUCGAAGUUCACUGUUGGGAAAUUGUUAUUCAAACUGAUAGCCAGUGAUGUCAUAAUGGAUGUUAAAGCAGCUGACCAAUCAGCAACUUCGCUUGAAUAUGUGGAUCUUAACACAUAAUCUUUAUACACGCUUGCUGCAUGGUACCUUCCCUCCCUUCGUCCUUCCAUUGGUCCUUUCUUUCUUUCUUUCUUUCUUUCUUUCUUGCUUUCUUUCUUCCUCUGUACUUACAUACACUCUCUUCCUUCCUUCUUUUCUUUCCUUCUUCAUUCUCUCUCACUUUUCUUCUUUCUUUCUUUCUUUCUUUCUUUCUUUCUUACCUAUUUACUUACUUACUUACUUACUUAUCUGAACACAUGACCUUUCCAUGUCAUAUAGCCAACUCCAUUCUAUUUUGAAAGCAACUUCAUCCAUCAUGUUCUAAAGUAUCAGAUCACAGGUCAGUUAUGCUCCUGAUGCUGAUUUGAUGCUCACAAAACACACAGUUAACAAACAUCACUUGAGCUUAUAGUUAUGGAAGGGUGGGACAAUGUUCCCAACCAAAAGGAAGUAACAAGUGCUACAUGCUGUUUAGUAUUUCGCUAUCUAUGAGACUCCAGCGGUUGUUUGAGCUUCCUUAUGCAAUUCCAGCUCUGCAUCACACCGUCACUGCCUUUCUACACACUGUGAAAUUUUGCUAUGUUCUAUUUUUGUAUGCUGCGCAUCAUAUACAAUAAACUUCAAGUAAACCUUAUAUGUCUCAUUUAUGAAAAGGACUGAAUUGUAUAUUUCUAUCUUCUGGUGUGGCUGGCUGUCCUUCAUUUCUCUAAACAGAAUGGACAGUUUUAAUGUAGGGCAGUGAAGGGAAUACUGGAGGUGUGUGAAUUGAUUUUUGAUUUUUUUGUUUUGUUUUAAGCAUUAGAACACUAUUUACUGCCUUCUGUCUCUCGCUCUGUCUGUCUGUCUCUCUCUCU